CCUAACAAUUAUGCCUAAUUUCAUGAUAUUGGGUUAUAUGGCAAUGUUUUUGAAAAUAUAACCUUCUUCUCGAACUAGUGUGAAAACGCAUGUACAUACUAAAGUAUUGAUGUAAAAUUUCUAUCAUGCCAAAAUCCAAAAGGGAUAAAAAGAUUUCUUUAACUAAAACAAACAAGAAAGGUUUGGCUUUAAAACAAAAAAUAGUUGAAGAUAUAAGGAAUUGUGUUGAAAAGUACCAAAGCGUUUAUUUAUUUGACUACCGAAACAUGAGAAACGAAACAAUGAAGCAGGUGCGUGAAGAGUGGAAACCAAGCAAGUUUUUCUUCGGGAAAAAUAAAGUUAUAGCAAUAGGUUUAGGUAGAAAUAAGGAAGAAGAAGUAGAGGACGAUUUGCACAAAUUUUCAGCUUGUUUGCGCGGGCAGUGUGCAUUAUUGUUUACCGACUGUAAAAAAAAGGAAGUUUUAGACUGGUUUGAUACUUAUUCCGUUGACGAUUUUGCGCGUUCUGGGUUCAAAGCCAGUUCAACAAUAAGUUUGCAAGAAGGACCUUUGAAACAGUUUCCACAUUCAAUGGAACCCUAUCUUCGGCAAUUAGGAAUGCCAACAAAGUUAGACAAAGGUGUUGUCACUUUAAUUAAAGACUUCAAAGUUUGUAAAGAUGGCGAUAUUUUGACGCCCGAACAAGCAAAAAUCUUAGAAUUGCUAGAUCAUCGUUUGGCCACAUUUAAGCUCAUUUUAAGAGCACGGUGGACAAGAGGUGAAGGAUUCGAGAAGUUUGAAACAGAGAAUGCAGAUGAAGAAAUGAAGUGAGAUGAUGAUAAUUAAUAAAUUUUUUAUAAUAUUUUUUGUGAACGUAAAUUAAAUUAAGUUAAAUAUAGGUGGUUCAUAUCAGGUGCACCAAAGUUAGUUUAACAUUGUAAACAUUAUUUUAAUCUAAUGUUAUGUUUGAACCAUUUGGUCAUGUUUCAGUAGCUCAUACUAAACAUUUAAAAAAAUGUUUUUUUCGAAAAGGUUUUAUUUGAUAAAUGCAGAUGCAUAACAAAAACAUUGAACUCUACUUACCAGCGCCAGGGUGGGCUAGGGAUUAACUAAUCUAAAAAUUAUAGAGAAAAGAAGUAAAACUGAAAUGCGUCCUAUUGAAUAUCUCAUUAAUUGAAACAAAAAAUAUAAAAUGGAAGAAAAUCGUUAAAUCAAAAGUGAAACUUUUGUUAGUGCUUGGUUCCUAUUUGGUGAUUAUGUUUAUAAGUAGUUAUAACAAAAUAAUGGUGGAGUUUAGUUGCAUUAUAACAACAAAGUUUUUAUCUCUUCUUUUUAAAUGUCAAAAGGAAUAUUAAAUGCUUAUUUUUUUAUUUAUUUUUAUUACUAGAAAUACUAACAAGCUAAAAAGUGAUAAAAAUAUUUUAUUUAUACGUUGGUUCUAUGAUGUUUAAAUUGACUUCACUGGACGUACAAAGAAGACAUCUUCGUUUUGCAAUUUCAAAAAGGUAGCGGUCCGUUGAUUUUGUCUGGUCAGUAUAGUGUAAAAAAAGGAAAUUACAGAACCAGAUGACCAGAUUAUAUUCGGUGAGUUUUCGUUCCUCAAAAAUGUUAACACUUGUCACCUCUUGUGUGGGUGAAUUUCGUCGAGGCUUAAGAUAAACCGUAAUAGGUUUGCAUUUCUAUAAACAAAUAAAUAACGUUAGUCCCCGGGCGGCAAAUCUGGUGGAGCACACAAUCAAUUUGUGAUAAGACCUUAAUCUCUACAUAACCUCAUAUGUUAUAUAUAACUAUUGCAUUUUCUAUAUUUAUAGUGCAUUGCCAUUUUUGUCUAUUGUUACGUUUUCUCAAAAUAAUUAAUUGAGUUAAACAUAUAUUCAAAUUUUAAAUUUUAAUAAUGUUAUAAUGUUUAAUAUGUACAUAACCAUAAUAAACAUGGAAAAUGUUUUUUUCUAUUUUAAUUUUUUCUUUCUGUUAAAACAAUUCGAACCCAAACAACAAUCGCCCAAAUCUAGUAAAUAUCUUUUUUAUUUAAUACGCAGCUCUUAAAAUAAAAGCACCUUGUAUUUGGAAAGAAGCUAGGAUUAAAAAUGGACGAGCAGAUUUCUGUUGUCAACUGGAAUCAACUGAUCUCUUAUUUGGGGAAUCGACAAAUGGGAUACAAACCCUUGAUAUUAGAUGCAACUAUCUAUACUUGUACGAUUGUAGUAGAAUAAUUUUAAAAAAUGUAGCAGCGUGUGUCAUUUAAUUAGUAGUAGUUUUAGCUUUGUUGGAAGUGCAUUAAAUUUCCUUUAACAAUGAAUAUUGUUCUUUUUUGUGUAAAGGUAGGAUCUUAGUACAUUUGUACUUUGUGGGAGAUUUAACACCAUUGAUUAAGGCGAUCAAAUUAACAGUAGGUAGAAUAAAAAAUAUUGCCAAAAGAGUACAAUUUUGGAAGAAAUUCGAAUGAUAAUGUUGCUAUAUUACUAACUAAUAUAUAAGAUUUGGCGAAAUUUGUUUAGUGUUUCUUUAAAUAUAAAAGUGUCCGACAUCCCUGGUGGUCACGCCGGUUGUAAGCCGGAUGGGCCCAGAUGGCCCUUGGAGCGGGAGCUGUUUUUGGUUAUCGGUUUUGGGCUACUGGACGCGCUGGAAAGUCAGCCCGGGUUUCGUAUUGACGGCACGAAUAUCCCAGUGUUACUAGAAGAUACCAAAGUCAGUUAGAGCCGGGCCUUCUGAGGUGUUCCCACUAAGGACCUAGCUGAGCCCAGGUUGACACUCAAUGGUGGUAAAGGCGUACCGGUAACGGGGCCGGAUCACCACCACCUUGUCUACCUCGGCAUUAAAAUAUCCCCCUGGCUGGAAUCUCGAGGGGGUAAGAACAAGCCUUGGCGAGACGGGGGACUAGGAUUUCCGAGGCUAGAGUGGCUCCUAGUCUCUUCAGCUUUGAGAACGGGGGCUAAGUUUCUUAGUAGCCUGGACUCCGCAGCGGCAGCAUUGGCCGAUGGGGCACAGCUGGAACUUCCUCUCAGAAAGCUGGCCCAUGGUGAAAGUACAUUUAAGAUGCUAUUAUACCUUAUUUUAGAGAAAAAAAGUUAAAUACAAAAAGUGUUUGAUCCUAAGCAUAUAUUUUAUUUAUAGUAUUUUUAUAUAUCUUGUGCCAGGACAAUAACCAACUUCACUUUUUUUAAGUCAACGAAGUGUCGACAUUGCCUAACAUUUUUUGUGAAAUGCAUAAUUGAGUUUUUUGAUUCCCUUUUU